AUGGGAGGAUCGAGUUUGAUGCAGGAGAGAGGACGAAGCAACGGUCCCCUCACACUGAGCAGCUCCUGCUUCAUGCACGGCCCGACAUGCUGGUCGAGGCCCCUGCCGCGGCUCAGCAGGAGCUCGACGAAAUCUUGCAAGGGAAGGGCCCCGACGACAUGCUCUCUAACUGCGGAGCAGGAGCAGGAGCUCAACGAGCGGAGGUUCAUGGAGUGGCUGAAGGCAGAGGGAGUGAGGAUGGCCGAUGUCGAGCUCUCCAGCUUCGGCGGCAUACGGGGAGUGCGGGCAGGGAGCGACCUUGUCUGCGGAGAGACCCUCGCGUCCCUCCCUCGGAAGCUCACUCUCUGCGUUGGAAACCAUCAGCCCUGCCCCUUCCCUCAGUUUGUGAGCGCAAAAUUCUGGCAGCUGAGCAGCAUGCACGUCAGGCUGGCUCUUCGCCUCCUCUUCGAGAUGCAGAGAGUCGAUUCUCGACUUGCGCCAUGGCUCCGCCUCCUGCCGCCAUCGCACGCAGACAAGGCAUGCAGGUGGACAGAAGAGAGGAUCGAGCUGCUCGCGGAUGGAGGAGAGAUCGAGGGGAUGGGAGCGAGGAGCGAGGACGAGGACGAGGACGAGGACGAGGACGAGGACGAGGACGAGGAUGAGGAUGAGAAGAAAGAGGAUCCUGCCUUAAUAGAAGACAUCAGCAAACAUUCAGAGGCUAUUGACGACGCCUAUCGCCUCCUCCUCUCCCUCUCUCCCCAGAGCUCGAUACCACUCGAUCGCUUCCGGUAG